ACUGGCAACUCAUUCAUUAGCUUCUAUUUAGACCUGAAAAAGGUCUAGAGCAGGGGCUGGAAACUCAUUCAUCAGCUCGGUCCAUUUCUCAGCUGGAGAGCAGCACCAGUAGUGUUUUUCACACCCUAGAUCUCAUGAUCAGCUGACACUUAAAACAACGCGUCAUCUCUCAGCUAUCGGCAAAAUGUUAAGCAAUUCUCGGAUAUCAUGCAGUUAAACUUAAUUCACGCCCUUCUAAAUGUUGUCUUUACAUGUUGAGCUCAGGAUAGUACCAUAUCCUCACUGCAUAUCCAUUGCCUCACGGUAUAAGGUUAAGUUAUGAGAAGAGUCCGCGACUGAUGAGGCAAUAGACAUGCAACGAAGAUAUGAGCAGAUAGGAGCUUGGUCAACCGCCAACAGGGGAGGUGGGCAGGUCGCAAAAAACGACUGUCUUUGUGGAGUACGGGACGAAAAGAUCACACUUCAAGCGGAGAGACCAAAUUUAAACUCCAAAUGGCACAAAGCAUUACCGACGCUACCAGCACGGGCGAAAACGGGGGAAUGUGAUGGAAUAAGAGCAUGUUUUGCAAUGAGCUGAUUAAUUAUGCAGUGAAAAUAGUUUCAACAUCGAUAGGCACAUCGAAUGGAUCUAGAGUUAACUGGAAUUCUUUAGUAAAAUAUGAAUUGGUUUCACAUUUAACGUUGUUCUUGGCGUCACUGUCGUGAUGUGCGUAGCGUAAACAUUGAGCUGUCUAAACUUUUUGAUGUAAACCCACAAAAGUCGGAUAAAGACAGUGUUGAUUCCGAGGUGUGACUGAACCAAGAUUGGUUGUCUUGAUAACUGUAAUGUAUACCUAUGUGCCCUUUGCAGAAAAUAACAAGUUUUUAUCCAAAUUUCAACCAGUUUCUUGGCUUAUUCGUAAAAUGUUUAUGUAGGCUCCUAUAAACCUGAAUGUUAUCCCGAGAGAGAGUUCUUUAAAACAUAUAUAUGCAGUCUUCUGAAAGUCACGUUUCAAUUUCACUCAAAAAAGUGGGUUUUUUGCCGUGCUAUCAAAUGCCGCUAAUCUAUUGAGUUAAGGCGCCGCAGUUUUCUCAUCUUUAUGUAUCAGCCAAUUUCAAGCUGACAAAAAAGCUGAUGCCACAUAUUAGCCUUGUCAGAUACGUGACCUGGGGGUUGACAUUUGUUUCAUGAAUAAUGUUUUAACUUCAUAAGCAAAGUCAGUUAGUGUUUGUCGCUCCUUUUCGCCAGCAUCACCUGUUUCCUAAUUUAGUUUUAUCGUAGAGCGUAAUAAUAAGAACUCUGUGUUACUUGGUUGUUACUUUGGAGACUAUAUUUCACAAAGCCAUUCUCUGUUUGUGACAAUUUUCAGGUGAAUGCGUAAAAUGCUGUUUUUUCCUCGCCAUAUCACAGUGAUAUCAUUUGUUUUGGUGCUUUACGCAGGCCUUUGGAAAAACAUCGCCGGCCAGAUUAGAGAUGGAGCAGCCAACGUAAGCCAGGCGAGUUCAAUAGAUUUCACUACAGUUUCUUCUCCUAUCGGACCUACUCCUGAUUCUUUCUUCCUUCGUUCUCUGCUCCGGAACUGUAGCCUAGAUAUGGCCCAAGUCACGGGAUCACAGUGGGAAGAUCAAAUGCGCCUUUUUCUUCAACGCAGUUUUAUGGCAGCUGACUCGCGCUACAGCUGUAGCGCUCGGUGUGGACUGGACCAAAGAAAUGCAUCACUGUCGGAUGGUGCAGUUUUUAUACCUUUAUGUUAUUGUGACGAGCUUUGCGAUGACUUUGGUGACUGUUGCUUUGACUUCGAUAAAUUAUGUCGAAAAAAUCUUAGUCCUCAGAGCAGCAACCGUUCUACGAGUGAAAUAUGCUUUGGUGUAAAACAUGAUGAAGUUUCAGCGUACCAUGGUUACGUAAUUUGGAAUACCUGCCCAAAAAACUGGAAAGAAAGAAGCGUGCUGCAGAAAUGCCAGGAUGAAGAUGAAAGUGAUCUUUUAAGGAAUUUACCAGUUUUUGACGAAGAUAGUCACGUGACUUACAAAAAUAUAUUCUGUGCGAGGUGCAAUGCUGCACUAAAUACGACAUACUGGAAGAUUAUAUUUGAUUGUGAGGAAUGGUUUAAUGUUACAACUUUUAAUUUUACCAGUGAUCUGGGCCUUUUACAGCGGAGAUGUUCAAUUGAUAAAAGGCCGAAAAAUAACCAGCUUAGCUAUUUGAAUCGAUGCAUUCCACGGUUUAUGGACUGCCAUAAAAUAAGCCAAGAUAACAACGACAGUUAUUGCCAAGCCGAGUGCUUGAGGUACGCGUUCCCAGUCUGUGUCAGGGGUCCAGAAAUGCUACGAUUUAGAAACCCACAGUGUGCCUUGUGCAAUGGGUUUAACACGAGUGUUAUGGAAAGCAUUUGCGGAAGGGUCAGCGGGAUAUUGCCUCCUCUCACCAUCUUUUUUGAUUUUACUUCAACGUCUAAGUACAGUAUUGUGAUAAGAGACAGCGUUAAAUACGCGGUUCAACAAAUUGAACAACUUUGGUCCUGCUCGUUUGAUGAGGUGUUCGAUCCAUACACUGGCAGAUGCACAAAGAUAGUUCCAACUGUACCGCAAACAGAUCCUGACCAAAGAGGACGAAACGAAACCGAGCAAUGGAAUCCAAACUGUACAACUGUAAUAGCGUUCAAUGAGUCAGACUACGAACGUCUAUCUAAUGGAAGCAUGUAUUUGAAACUACAUGACAAGAUAUACAGCAACAACACUUUCACGAUACGUGGAAAAAGAUUAUUGCUGUGUGCCAAUUUUUCAAGAAACUUCACUGCAACAGAAAGAGGACCCGGUAUGCGGCGUAAAGUAAUCAAAACGCGAGCAUCUAGAUCUCUCCAGCUUCUCACAUCAAUCGGAUGCAUAUUGUCAAUGAUUUCUCUUAUUCUCCUGCUGAUUACGUAUAUUUUAUUUGCUGAACUCCGCAACUUACCUGGGAAGAUCAUAAUCAACUUGGCGAUUUCCCUGUUGCUGUACCAAAGUGUCUACUUUUCAGCGGUUAAAAAUGACGACCCAGACACUUGCUUGGUAGUUGCAGUUCUUCUUCAUUUCUUUAUUCUGUCCUCUUUCACAUGGAUGAAUGUCAUGGCUUAUGAUGUGCAUCGCACUUUCGUUAACGCUGCAGCAUGGCCCGAGAUGGACAUGAUGUGGCCUGAAGGGACGUUGGCGUUUGACUAUAGUGUGAUGGCGGUUGCUCGCACAGUGGUUAGUGUACGUCUGGGACAGUCCAGCGCCAAGCGUAAAAUGCUGUUUUUUCCUCGCCAUAUCACAGUGAUAUCAUUUGUUUUGGUGCUUUACGCAGGCCUUUGGAAAAACAUCGCCGGCCAGAUUAGAGAUGGAGCAGCCAACGUAAGCCAGGCGAGUUCAAUAGAUUUCACUACAGUUUCUUCUCCUAUCGGACCUACUCCUGAUUCUUUCUUCCUUCGUUCUCUGCUCCGGAACUGUAGCCUAGAUAUGGCCCAAGUCACGGGAUCACAGUGGGAAGAUCAAAUGCGCCUUUUUCUUCAACGCAGUUUUAUGGCAGCUGACUCGCGCUACAGCUGUAGCGCUCGGUGUGGACUGGACCAAAGAAAUGCAUCACUGUCGGAUGGUGCAGUUUUUAUACCUUUAUGUUAUUGUGACGAGCUUUGCGAUGACUUUGGUGACUGUUGCUUUGACUUCGAUAAAUUAUGUCGAAAAAAUCUUAGUCCUCAGAGCAGCAACCGUUCUACGAGUGAAAUAUGCUUUGGUGUAAAACAUGAUGAAGUUUCAGCGUACCAUGGUUACGUAAUUUGGAAUACCUGCCCAAAAAACUGGAAAGAAAGAAGCGUGCUGCAGAAAUGCCAGGAUGAAGAUGAAAGUGAUCUUUUAAGGAAUUUACCAGUUUUUGACGAAGAUAGUCACGUGACUUACAAAAAUAUAUUCUGUGCGAGGUGCAAUGCUGCACUAAAUACGACAUACUGGAAGAUUAUAUUUGAUUGUGAGGAAUGGUUUAAUGUUACAACUUUUAAUUUUACCAGUGAUCUGGGCCUUUUACAGCGGAGAUGUUCAAUUGAUAAAAGGCCGAAAAAUAACCAGCUUAGCUAUUUGAAUCGAUGCAUUCCACGGUUUAAGGACUGCCAUAAAAUAAGCCAAGAUAACAACGACAGUUAUUGCCAAGCCGAGUGCUUGAGGUACGCGUUCCCAGUCUGUGUCAGGGGUCCAGAAAUGCUACGAUUUAGAAACCCACAGUGUGCCUUGUGCAAUGGGUUUAACACGAGUGUUAUGGAAAGCAUUUGCGGAAGGGUCAGCGGGAUAUUGCCUCCUCUCACCAUCUUUUUUGAUUUUACUUCAACGUCUAAGUACAGUAUUGUGAUAAGAGACAGCGUUAAAUACGCGGUUCAACAAAUUGAACAACUUUGGUCCUGCUCGUUUGAUGAGGUGUUCGAUCCAUACACUGGCAGAUGCACAAAGAUAGUUCCAACUGUACCGCAAACAGAUCCUGACCAAAGAGGACGAAACGAAACCGAGCAAUGGAAUCCAAACUGUACAACUGUAAUAGCGUUCAAUGAGUCAGACUACGAACGUCUAUCUAAUGGAAGCAUGUAUUUGAAACUACAUGACAAGAUAUACAGCAACAACACUUUCACGAUACGUGGAAAAAGAUUAUUGCUGUGUGCCAAUUUUUCAAGAAACUUCACUGCAACAGAAAGAGGACCCGGUAUGCGGCGUAAAGUAAUCAAAACGCGAGCAUCUAGAUCUCUCCAGCUUCUCACAUCAAUCGGAUGCAUAUUGUCAAUGAUUUCUCUUAUUCUCCUGCUGAUUACGUAUAUUUUAUUUGCUGAACUCCGCAACUUACCUGGGAAGAUCAUAAUCAACUUGGCGAUUUCCCUGUUGCUGUACCAAAGUGUCUACUUUUCAGCGGUUAAAAAUGACGACCCAGACACUUGCUUGGUAGUUGCAGUUCUUCUUCAUUUCUUUAUUCUGUCCUCUUUCACAUGGAUGAAUGUCAUGGCUUAUGAUGUGCAUCGCACUUUCGUUAACGCUGCAGGGGUUACAGCAAAUUUGCAAGGAGGCCUCAGGACACGCCUCGUAAAGUACUGUGUAUAUGCCUGGGGAGUUCCGGCCAUUGUUGUCCUCAGCUGCGUCAUAUGUGAUCAAGUCAAGAAAGGCUCCAUCGGAUAUGGGCAAGGAGAGGAAGAAUGUUUCAUAUCACAGUCUCGAGCCCUUCUUUAUUCGUUUAUUGUGCCCGUUGCACUGGUGAUGAUCUUCAAUCUGUUUGCAUUGGGGCAUACAACCAUUCAUAUCGUCACAACUCGAAAGAGAAGCCAGCAAGUAACCAAUCAUAGACAGGGCGGCAACGCAGCUCUAAUUUGUGUUAAAAUGGCUUCAGUGAUGGGUGUGACAUGGGUUCUUGGAUUUGCGGCAAACCUGAAAGCAUUAUCAUUCCUGUGGUACCCGUAUGUGGUUUUAAACAGCCUUCAAGGUAUGUUUCCUAUAUAACUCGUAUUUGGAGAUUAAGACCAACACUUAAAUAAAACCUUCUUUCAAGGGAACGACGGAAAGAUAUAAACUUUCCAGUGAGAAUGGUCUACUAUAUAACCCGCCGAAUGAAGUUAUUAGAUAGCUGACCUAAUUUCUGGUAGAAAAGCCCUGAUUAAGCGUUCUGUAAUGCCUAUUUUCUGCUGCUCUCAAGAAACAAAGAAAACCGCCAAACGACCCAUCAGCUCAGCCGGCAGCAGCGAUAUUCCGUUUUGUUAACUCCUUCAGGAAAUUUGUUUUUUCACGAUGCUCAAUAAUUUUGCAGCACCAUAUUUAAAUGCUUUUGAGUUGUUAGACUGAAACACAAAAUUAAUCUGUAAAUAAGUACACAGGAGUUUAGUCUGUGUCUACAAUUUGUGCCGGUACGAGUAUGCUUUCUACUCAGACAUCCCUGGCGCAGUCAAUCGAUAAAAAUCGAGAUCAGAAAUCAAUCGAUUCAAUCGAUAUCAAUCAC